UUAAUGCUUUUGUACCAGUCAGCAAUAGCAUCAGAACCUGCUGAUGUGUUAUUUGUAGUUGCUGUCCAGAGGAAAACAAGUAUCUUGUUCUGUGCUUUCACUGUAAAUUAAUGUGAAGAGAUUUUAUUCCAGGCAUUUUUUGUAGCAUUUCUUUUGGUCUAAUCGUCAUGAAAUGUUAAUGAUGUAGAAAAGUAAAAAGUGAAAAAAUGCAGACAUUUUUUCUUUGGAAAGUGACAAUUUAAGAAAUCAAUAAAGUGAUUGGAUCAUGGAUUAUGAGCAGGUUAUCUAUGUAGUAUAUAUUACAGUCAAGACUUUUAAACAAAAUUACCCAAACAUUUUAUAACAUGUGCUAAGUGUGUAGAGAAAGUAAUUUCAUUUUAUUAUUAGAAAAAGCACCUUUCAUAAAGUCAAAACUGAAUGUCGACCAGACUCAUGACAAGGUCUGUAAUGAAGCCAUAUUCAAUAUCCUACGGUACCUUUACAAUAUAACUAGAUUUACUGCAUGGAGCAAUCAGGUUGAUAAAACUACAAUGGAUACUUUAAAAUCAGCAUGUACAGUUUAACCUCAUGCAGAUUUGAUGUGUUGUAGUACUGUAAAUCAUUUUAAUAAAGAAGAUAUUCUGAAUUAUCUGUGAUGGCAUUAUAUGCAUUAGAACUCAUGCAUUAUAACUAAAAUUCACAAUGAAUUCAAUGAAGGAAUCAUCAUAGUAAAAAAAUGACUAAUAAUAUCCAAUUAUCCAUUUUAAAAUGAUCAGAAUAUAACUCUCAGCUGCAAGAGGAAAGCAUGGAUGUAACAGGCAGUAAACAAACAACAGCAAAAGAAAAGGUUUCAAAAAUGACCAGAGGUUUCCGGACUUCAAAGCCACGCACUGUAUGGAACCGGAAAAAGAAGCAUAAUCCUUCAGUUUCAAAAACAUCCAGAAUCCGGACUCCAAAGUCAUUGCCACACACUGCCUGGAACCUAAAGAAAAAGCAUAACCUUUCAGGGGAAACCAUAGAUCUUAAAGAAGUAGAAGACACUGCAGACCAUUAUGAAGCAAAAGAAAAUCCUGUGCGUGAACAAACAGAUCAGCUAUUUACAAGACUUCAGCUAACAACAGAUCACAAUCAACAGUUAAAACUUGCAGACAUUCUUCAAAUAACUGCACAGUCACUAUGUUGUCAAGAACCCAGUACAGAAGAAGAAUUGGCUCAGGCAUUCCUACAAAGGCUGCUGUUGGUAGAUUACAAGGCAAGAAAUAUUCCCAUUAAAGAAGAAGCCAGUAAGUGUUUUCACAGCCAAUCAGAUACACAGAGUACAGAGGAGAAUGACACAUUUGAAAGUUUCCUUACUAAGAAGCCAGAAUUUCAAGGGAAAAUAACAGAAAAACAUUCUAUUCAUUCCAUGGAUGCUCAGAUGGCUGUGUUCCACUGCUCAGAUAGUUUUCUAAAGCAGUUUAUAGUGACCAAACUUUCACAGUGUCAGUACGCUCUGCCUCUACUGGUGCCUAAUCCCUUCACAGGAGAGAUCGAGUUUCCACUGUGGGCAUUCCGUCAGAUCAGGAAAAGCUGGAUAGUCACCAAUACCUCCGGCAUGAAAUCCAACAAAACCAAGCCAAUUAAUGAAACAGAAACUCCAAUGGUAUUCUUCUUCAGGUUUGGAUCUAAUUCCUCAUCCAAGUCUCAGCUCAUAAACGGCCUCAUUGAUGAAAGACACAACAUAUUCUUUCACAGGGACUGUCCAGGAAGUGUCAGAGAUUGUCUACUGAUGGAUGGCAUAGUGGAGAUCACCUGGUAUCUCCCAUCUGGGAAAAACAAUGAUCAUUUCACUGAUUGUAUCGCAUUCUGUAAUCUACAUGGUGAUGCAGAAACUCAUGAGAAGCAACUGGAGAUUCUGACUGAAAUGUCCUCGGUGAAUGUGGUAGUUUUAGGUGAAGGUAACAUCCCAAAUAAUGAAAUAUUAAAGAAGCUCUACAAAGGCUCAAAGCCACUAGUUUGCUUACUCUGCGAGGAUGACUCAAACAACAUUAUGGCAAAAAACCUGAAAUACAAAAUAGGUCUUAAAGGCAGUAAUAAAUCAGAUGUAUCUAAGGAUCUCAGAAAAACUAUGCAAGAGUGUUUCUCAAAAUCACUUUCUACUUUCAGCCUUGAAAAAUUAGGCAAAAACAAGAAAAUCACAGUGGAUGAGAAUUCUGUGGAAUGCCAGAAAGGAAAGGAAGCUGCUAUGCAGAUAAUGACACUAAUGCAAGGAAUGAAACUGUGCAACAUUAAGGAGAAAUAUCUUCCAUGUCAGGGGAAACUGUGGCAUGAGUGGUGCCAGAAAAAAAAAGAACUACACCGACUUCAAGGGCUCAACACAGAGAUGCAGAGAUGUGAAAAAAUAAGUGAAAUGAUGGAAAUUCGCAAGCAGCAGCAUAAACAUGGACUCUCAGAACUUAUGGAACUGUUCAUCUGUACACUGAAGUCACUAAAAGAAAUUGAGAAAUGUUUUUUUCUAAAAUGGCUUACAAUCCUGUUGGAUAACAGUACCACAGAUGAGCUAUCUGGCCUUCGUCAUGAAUAUCAUGAAACAUGGACAAAGAUUUUGAAUCUAAAAGAACAGGGUGAUAAACUAGAACAAACAAAGGAUACACAAAAACUUGAUGAAAUAUCAGAAAAACUUUCUGCCUCAUCUUUUGGUAUGGAACACAUACUCAGGGAGAUGGGUCAGAUAUAUGAAUCAUUUAUGUCUGUACAAAUAGAGACAAAACACUUCACUCUCCCCAAACUUGCAGCUGAGAUCAUGUUAUCUGGACAUCCACUGGAGCUGAUGGAUGGUGAUGCUGCACAUGUUCCUCUGAUCUGGAUUUCUGCUGUUCUGGAUGAACUCAUCAAGAAACUAGGAGACCAGAGAGUUUUUGUCUUGUCAGUUUUGGGGAUUCAGAGCUCUGGGAAAUCCACCAUGCUCAAUGCCAUGUUUGGCUUCCAGUUUGCAGUCAGUGCUGGAAGGUGCACCAGAGGAGCCUUCAUGCAGCUGGUCAAAGUGUCUGAGGAGAUGAAGGAAAAACUGAAGUUUGAUUACAUCGUUGUUGUUGAUACAGAAGGUCUCCGAGCUCUGGAGUCCUCCGCAAUGUCAAGAAGGCAACAGGACAAUGGACUUGCAACAUUUGUUGUAGGUCUUGGAAACAUGACUUUGAUCAAUGUUUUUGGAGAGAACCAAGCAGAGAUGCAGGACAUCCUUCAGAUUGUUGUUCAGGCCUUCAUGAGAAUGAAGAAGGUCAGACUGAAUCCCAGCUGCAUGUUUGUGCAUCAGAAUGUUGGAGAAGUCACAGCUGGAGAGAAAAGCAUCGAAGGACGAAAGUGCUUGCUGGACAAACUUGACAAAAUGACUAAACUGGCAGCUAAAGAGGAAGACUACAAUGCAAAAUGUUUCAGUGAUGUCAUUGAAUUUAAUGUGCAGAGUGAUGUGUGGUACUUUGCACACCUCUGGGAGGGCAACCCACCCAUGGCACCACCAAACCCUCUGUACUGUGAAAACAUUCAAGAAUUAAAGAGAAGUAUCAUUUCUAAAAGUUCUAAAAGCCGUGGUGUGACACUCUCAGAAUUCAAAGAAAAUUUCAGCAGUUUAUGGAAUGCACUUCUCAAUGAAAAUUUUGUGUUUAGCUUCAAAAACACUCUUGAGAUUGCACUAUAUAGGAAACUUGAGCAUGAGUACAGUAAAUGGACAUGGAGUCUAAAGAGUGCCAUGGUAGUAAUUGCGAACAAACUUCACAACAGAGUCAACAAUGAAAAUUCCUUAAAGAUUGAGAAAAAGGACAUCAUGGAAUGCCUGAAAGAGACUAAAACAAAUGUCCAAAGAUCAAUUAAAAAAUUCUUUGAUGAUGACGGAGACAAAGAAAUACUCAUUCAAUGGCAAGAAAGAUUUCAGAGAAAAAUUUCAGAACUUUGCAAUGAGCUUGUAGAAGGAACAAAGAGAAAGUUGGAUGAAGUUACUCGACUGAAAAUAGUGAAGGAGAAAGUAGACUGUGAAAAGAAAACAUAUGAAAACAAGCUUUUUAAACUGAGUAAAGACCUGGCCUUUUGUUUGAAAAACAAAGAAACCAAAGAAGAAGCACUUGAAAAGGAAUUUGAAGAUGUCUGGUCCAAGUGGGUCACCAAGCUGACACCAAACACAUCCACAUUUAGUGAAAUUAAUAUAUGGGAUGAUGUGACAGAGACCUUAUCAGAAAGCUAUGAACUAAGCCUUGUUUGUGAGCAACAGAAUCAGGGUACCUACAAAAGAAUGGAUGUUUUAGGGGAUUUUUCAGACUAUGUCAUUCUUAAAAACCAAGAAGACUCUAACCAAGAAGAUCUUCUGUCAACAAGUACACAUGGAGAGGAAGAUGACAAUAAGAAUGCUAAUGAAUUUGAACAAGCAGCCAAAGAUGAGAAACAAGGUUUGUCUGAAGAGAGUUGUAGAAGUGAUACUUUUUCAGCAGAUGAUAACAAUUCACUGAAUGCUCUCAUUAAAAGCAUUACCACAGACAUUAAGGCAGAAACUCAGAAGGCACCUAUUGCAGAACGUGGAUACAGUCGCAUCUAUAUUCCAAAGAUAAUUGCUUCUGUCAAAGAAAAAGUAAAAGCAUAUGAAUCCAGCACCUCAAAGUUUAUACUCAAAAAGGAAUUCACAGUGGAUUUAUGCCUCUAUGUGUGUAAAUUUGCAGCAGACCAGUUUGCUGAGCUGCACAAGGAAUUCAAGGAAGCCUAUGAUGUAAGACUGUUCCUGGAGAAACAGAGGCCGCAGUACCUCAACAUCUUCAAGAACUACUGCAAUGGUGCGACCUCCACAGCUGUGUUUGGUCAGGUAAUUGUGGAUACACUUGAACCAUCAAUACUGCAGGCAGCAUAUGACCAAACUGCCAUUGAUCUGAGUGAGAAAAUGAAAUGUGACAUUCCUGCAUUUAAAGGAAACAGGUCAAAUCUGGAAAAACACAUUCUGACAUCACUAGCAGUAGAGGAGUCAUUUGAGAAAUACAUUGAAUACAUUCAGAAACCCAGAGAAUAUUUUAACAAUUUUAUCAAGAAGAAGGUCAACGAUUACAUUUUUGAAGACAACUGUUCAGUGGUUCUAGAAACCAUUAAAAGCAACAUCAUCUCCAAAGGAAAGUGUGUGGUGGAUGCUGUGAAUGAAGCAACAGAGAAGAUAAAAAGUAAUGGAGAUGUCAGCAUGUGGCUGCACCAUUUAUCCCAAAAACUAAAAGAUGAGCUUCAGUUUAAAGAAAAGUCGUGUCUUGAGAAGAACGAAAUUACAGACCUUGACUUUCUCUCGCAGGUUGUGAUCAAGGGUCUAACUAGUAUCAUGCCAAAGCUAAGCACUGGCUUUCAAAGCAUUUCUGACCUCAAAUGGGAAAUGUUCAGGAAGAAACCAGAUGAUAUUCUGAUUGAGCACCUCUGCCAAUGCUGCUGGGCACAGUGUCCGUUCUGUAAUGCCAUGUGCACCAACACAAUGGAAGAUCAUACUGGAGAUCACAGUGUCCAAUUCCACCGUAACUGUGGAACAAAUGGAUGGUCUUUUCUUUCAAAAAAUGAGCUUGGGAUAGAUUUCUGCACAACAGCUGUUUCAAAUAAUCUUCUGCAUUUUAAAACAUCUGAUGGAGUGUUUUCUUUUAGAAACUACAGAACUGCAGGUGGAGAAUACGCCAGAUGGAAUAUCAGCCCUGAUAAUUCUGAGAUGCCGUACUGGAAAUGGUUUGUGUGCAGAUUCCAAGCAGACCUGGAAAACCAUUACAAGAAAAAAUUCAUAAGGCAUGGAGAGAUUCCUGUGCAAUGGAGGAAUUACACUAAAGAUAAAGCUAUUGAAAGCUUAAGUGAAUUAUAGUAUUUCUGUGAAAGAGUGAAAACCAUUGAAAUUAGACCACCACCUUAUUUGAACAGAGAGUGGUAAAAACUGACAUGAUCUGGUCAAAACAAUAAAACAUCUAAAUGGACUCCAUAGUUCUGCUACAGAUGUUGGUUAUGUUUUAGAAUUUUUCCUCUUGAGUAUUAAACGAACUGCAUGUGCUCAUCUCAUCUAGACCUAUGGUCACAUUUGAGUUCCACUUUACACUCUCUCUCUCUCUCUCUCUCUCUCUCUCUCUCUCUCUCUCUCUCUCUCACAUCUGUACAUAUUUAUGUGAUUAUAAUAACCCACACAGUCAUUAGAUAAUCAGAUUAUUUUGUGAAUUCUUGAGGAAAUCAUUAAUUACUAUUUUUGGUUUUGUAAAAUUUAAUUAACAUCUUGUUUUGGUGAUGUUAUAAUAUAAUAUUCAAGUAUAAUAAAAUCUGUGUAAUCAAUUCUACACAUAUUCUUUUAAUAUAGAAUUGUAUUAAGAUUUGUGUAUAGUUGCUUAUAGUAACACAGUAAACCUUGGACAAACGUCUGGUAAUGCUGAUCUAUAAAACAAUAUUGCGAAAGAGGAAACAUUCACUUUUUACAUGAAAAACACAUUCUUAAAUAAAUACAGUGAAAAUCUUGA